AUGUCUCAAUCAACCACCGAAUUGAAAGUUGACCCCGUCUUCGCCUCCAUCAACCCAGCCUUGUACGACCCCAAGAUCGUCUUGGAGUCGAGCGAGUUCAAGGUCUUGGAUGACCCCGUUGAGCUCAGCAAAUGCUCAGCAGCCAACGAGAACAUUGCUUGUUGCUACAAUGACAAGAAACAAAUCCACAUGGUCAAGAAGCCCAUGCCUAAAGUCCAUCCGGGCCAAGUCUUGUUGCACAUUCGUGCCACCGGGAUCUGUGGUAGUGAUGUGCACUUUUGGAAGCAUUCCAGGGUCGGAGAAAAGAUGGUAGUCAGAGAUGAGUGUGGUGCCGGCCAUGAAUCCGCUGGUGAAGUCGUGGAACUCGGCGAAGGGGUCACUGACCUUCAGAUUGGGGACCGUGUGGCUAUUGAAGCCGGUGUUCCAUGCUCCAAGCCCACUUGUGAAAAGUGUCGCACAGGCUGUUACAACGCCUGUCCUCAGAUGAUAUUCUUUUCGACUCCGCCAUUCCAUGGGCUCUUGACCCGAUACCACGCCCACCCUGCCUGCUGGGUCCACAAGAUCCCAGCACACAUCACCUUCGAGGAGGGCUCGUUAUUAGAGCCCUUAGCGGUCGCCUUAGCAGGCAUCGAGCGAGCCAACGUCAGGCUUGGCGAUCCGGCUCUGGUCUGCGGGGCCGGGCCGAUCGGGCUGGUCACCUUGCUUGCCUGCCGUGCCGCCGGGGCUUGUCCGCUCGUGAUCACCGAUCUCUCCGAGGCCCGCUUGAACUUUGCGAAGCGUCUCGUGCCCUCAGUCACCACCCUCCAGAUCAAGCCUGGCACAUCCGAACGUGAGGUGGCCGCUGAGGUCCAAAAGAUUAUGCAGUGCAAACCAACGGUAGCCUUGGAAUGCACUGGAUUCGAGAGCUCCAUCACCGUCGCCAUCUACAGUGUUGGCUUUGGUGGCAAAGUGUUUGUAAUCGGUGUGGGCAAAGAUAAAGUGACUCUUCCGUUCAGCCACAUGAGCGAGAACGAGAUCGACUUGCAAUUCCAAUUCAGAUACGCCAACCAAUACCCCAAAGCGGUCCGCUUGAUUUCCGACGGCGUGAUCGAUGUCAAGCCUCUCGUCACCCACCGAUUCCAAUUGGACAAAGCCGUCGACGCGUUCACCACUUCAUGCGACAUCACCUCGGGCUCCAUCAAGGUUCAAAUCACCGACUUUUGA